GGCCGAGAACAGACCCUCGGCCGCGGCGCUGCUGCGGCUGGCGGAUUCGGGCUCGCCUCGGCGGAUGCGCGGCCACCCCCGCGACCCGCUGCAGCCUGGGCCGGCCGCAGCUUGGGACCGCAGGCGCGGCGCGGUGCGGAGCUGCCCGCCCGGUUCUGGGCGGUCCUCCAGAAGCCGGCACCAGCCGGGCCUCCUCCGCGAGGCGCUCGGCGGCGGCGGGCAAUCCUCCGGCCUCGGGCUCAUCCCAGGCCCCGGCGCGGCAUUCGACCGCGUGCCCCUCGGCGGCGGCGGCCACGGCGGCGGCGGGCACCGUCAGCCGAGGACGGCGGGGGGCACCCUGCACUUCACGGUGCUGGUCCCGGUGCUCCUGCGGCCCCCGCAGCGGACCGAGGAGGAGGUAGCGGGCAUCGGCACGACCUGGACGCUCACGGACGACAAGGACCCAGAGGCCUUGCGCGCCAGCACGUGCGGCGUCUGCCUGGAUCCCUUCGAGGAGGGCUAUGGGUAUGGGUGUGUGUUGCUCGUUCGUCACCCCCCCGAGGUCUGGCACGCCGACUGCAUCCGCCGGUGGCUGCGGCAGGGGCAGGCCCAGACGUGCCCGCUGUGCCGCGCGCCGGUGGGCCCGGAUGCCGGCGCGGUGCCCACGCCCCCCACCAUCGCCCUGGAGGUUCGGGUGGCGCUCCCGAUGCAGAACGCCGGGCCGGUCCUCACGCAGGACCUCUUCCGCGACCUCCUCUACCUGGCCCUGCUCCCCGCCACCGGGCAGGCCAGCCGCACCUUCGAGGGCCACCUCCCCGCGGCCCUCGGCGGCGGCCACGUCUUCGCCACCGUGGGUACGCUGCCCGGAGGACCAGCCGGCGGUGCGCCGGGCGGCCUGGCCGCGGCGCUGCCCACGCCGGCCGACCUCUCCGAGGUCGUGCGCCAGCUGACCGCCGCGGCGCUGGGGGCCUCCGGGCUGCCGGUCGGCGCCGGCGCGGCCGGCGGCGGCCCGCCGGGGCUCUGGGCGG